AUGUCGUCCUCGUCCUCAUCAGCUGCGGCGUCGGGAUCGCAAAAGAAGCACAAGGUGGCCAUCGUUGGCUCAGGUAACUGGGGCUCGGCGAUAGCGCGCAUUGCAGGCCACAACACACAGCGACACUCGGACAUCUUUGAGCACGAGGUGCAGAUGUACGUCUUCGAGGAGGACUACAAGGGCAAGCCGCUGUCGCAGGUCAUCAACGAGACGCACGAGAACCCCAAGUACCUGCCCGGAUGCCAACUGCCAGACAACGUGGUGGCCAACCCGUCUCCCGUAGAUGCGGUCAAGGACGCCACUAUGCUCGUGUUUGUGCUGCCGCACCAGUUCAUCCGCUCGGUGUGCAAGCAGCUCAAGGGCAAGGUGGAUCCGAAUGCGCACGCCAUCUCGAUGAUCAAGGGCGUCGAGGUGAAGGACGGCAAGAUCUCGAUCUUUGCUGAUGUGAUUCAGGAGGCGCUCGGCAUCUCGUGUUCGGCGCUGUCCGGUGCCAACAUCGCCAACGAGGUGGCGCAGGACAAGUUUUCGGAAACCACGAUCGGACACCGCGCGGAUGCCAAGGGCCGCGAGAACGCCGAGCUCUUCUUCAAGCUCUUUGACACGCCCACGUUCAAGGUCGGCAUCAUCGAGGAUGUGGCGGGCGUGAGCCUGUGCGGUGCGCUCAAGAAUGUCGUCGCUAUUGCGGCCGGUUUCACCGACGGCCUGGGCUGGGGCGACAAUGCCAAGGCGGCGGUGAUGCGCAUCGGCCUGAUGGAGAUGAAGCGCUUCAGCGAAGAGUUCUUCGACGGCGUCAAGCCCGAGACGUUCACCGAGACGUCGGCAGGCGUGGCGGAUCUGAUCACCACGUGUCUCGGCGGCCGCAACCGCAAGUGCGCCGAGGCCUUCGUCAAGACGGGCAAGCCUUUUGACCAGCUCGAAAAGGAGCUGCUCAACGGGCAGAAGCUUCAGGGCACCGAAACGGCGCGCGAGGUGCACGAACUCCUCGCCGCCCGCGGCAAGGUGGACGACUACCCGCUCUUCAAGGCCGUCUAUUCGAUCGCCUAUGAAGGCAUCGACGCCCACGACCUCACCAGCCGCUUAUAG